AUGGCUUCCACCGAUCCUCCGAGUUCGCCCUCAGGUAUUACUCCAAAUAUUGACAGUUCUCAACAGCCUAGUUGGCCAACAACCGGUCUUCCGGUCUUGUCACGAGAUGAGAGCCCCUGGGAAGAGCUCGGCAAGGCUUUCAACAUCGACCUUAGCCCGGAUAACAUACGCAGCGAUGACAGAGACGCUUCUGAUGAUUUGAAUAAGUUCAACACUCGAAAUAUACCCAAAGAAAAGGCAGCAGAUUCGCAACCGAUGCGAUGUUCAGCGCCCCCUGGUGAUUAUGAUCACCUCUUCGUGAAUCCCGCGCCAAAACUACCAUUCCGCAAGUGGGUGAGAUCUCUCAAGCGACGAAACAGCCUGAGUGAGGGAGGAGAAUCAUAUACCGGUGAUGACAGAUGCAAAUACCCCGAGCCCAAUAACCCAUUCCGGCGUGUCAUCCAUCGCAGAUUCAGGCAUCGAUUUUCAUCCUCUGGAUCCUCCCUAGGCUUUAUCACUGCUGUGCAGAGCGCCGGUACGAGCCUUAUUACCGCGAGCGUCGCAGCAACCUCACGCCGGCGCCAUGGCCGAUCGCGUGCAGAGCGCAGCAGUCGAGCUUCUCUUUCUACUCCCCGGGUGUCUAAGGACGUUGGGCCGUUGGAGAGAGCUGAGGAGGAUUUGACUGCAACUCAGCGUGCAUUCGAACGUCGACAGAUCUUGGAGGAGCUCAUUAGCACAGAGGAGAAUUACAUUGGCGACAUCCGUUUCCUUAUGAAUACCUACGUCAAUAUGCUUGCUGCUCUCCCUUCCCUGUCUAAGCAGCUACGAUCAUCGACUAAUCGAAACUUGCACCAUAUUCUUCAACUACACGACGAAAUCUUGGGUGACCUUCACCGUGUGGUCCCCUUCUCCGAGUAUUCUCAACUUGAACACCCUGUGCUCAGCAAGAACGGUCGCAAUCGAUCACGGGGCUUAAACACGCUCCCCGAGUGUGGUGUCAACCUGCAAACACUCCAUAGUGUACCUGGGAUGCUCACUGACCCCCAGGUUGCGGCGGAGGUUGCCAAGGUUUUCAACAAAAAGACGCACGAGUUUUUCAUUUAUAAAGAGUACGGGGCAAAGUUCGAGAUGAUGAGAAGAGACAUUGCUGCGGCGCACGUGGGUUUCCCCGAAUGGGAGGUUCACCAAAAAGGGGUCGAGGCUUUGGGUUUCUCCGUUGGAUCCCCCAAGGGUCAAGAGGGCGGGUCUAACAAGGCCCUCACCGUCAAUGACCUUCUUAUCAAGGAUCGCCUGGUUUUUCCUGACAGGAGGCUUGAUGCAGAUUCAAAGAAUCAGAUCCGUGCCUUUGGCCACAUACAGUUGUGCGGGGCACUUCAUGUUUGUUGGGAGACCGAGGCCGGAGUCGAGGGCCAGUAUAUGAUCUGCUUGUUGUACAAAGAUGUCCUCUGCCUUGCUUCAGGGGGCAAGUCCGAUCGGAUAUACACGAUUCUGGCCUGCAUUGAUCUGCACAGCGCAAAGGUUGAGGAUGUCGACAAAGGAGGAGACGACCAGGCACAAUGGCGCGGAGUGCUUCUGUCAAUCGAGCGACCACGGCCAUCCCACAUUCAGCACAAGUGCAUGUCAUUCUAA